GUUGUCAGUGCGAAGAAGAAUUUUGAAACGAGGGAAACGAGGCUGGCUUUGACCUAAAAAAAACAAUUUUCCCGUGAAAAUCGAUAAAAUCCUCAACUUUUGGAGGCACACGGAGGAAGAAUGCAGUGCCGGCUGUGCUUGGUGAACAUCAAGGAUGCCAAGGAUUGCAUCAGUUGUGCAGGAGUACCCGAAAUGGCUGAAAUCGUCAAGACAACACUCGAUAUUUCUAUGGAUGAAAAUGCGAAUUUCCCACAGACGAUUUGUGUUAAAUGCUACCAAAUAACUGUGGAGUACUUUGCCUUCCGGAUGAGAUGCGUUGAGAAUCAGCGGGCGCUGAGAAUUCGCCAGGGACGUAAGAGGAAGGCUGACGAUGGGAGUGAGGUGGAGCUGAGGGAGAAUGCUGAGGGUUCUCCGAGAAUGUGGAAAUCCCCAAAAGCCCCCAAAAAUUCCCGAAGUCUCCGGAGGAAGAUUACGGAGCACAAGCUGAAGCCAAGUCGUGUUGUCUUGCACCGUCUCACGGAUGAUGAUAUUGCAAAGAUCAAGAUGCGUUUGAGGCGAAAUAGGUACACAGUGAGGGCAGGAAAUGAACCCACAGGAAGUGUUGUGAAUCCCCUCGAUGAUCACAAUUACUUUGGGAAGCCACCAGAGGAUUCGGUGGAGGAGAAGGACGCCCCGACGAUGGGUCCCACUGUGCGUACAUACUGUCGUGCCAGUUCAUCAUCCACAAAUACCUCCAAAGAGACUGCAACACCACAACUCCUCACAUUACCCAUUGAUCGAGAGGCUCCAGCACCGGAAGUUCCUCGCCUCAAAGUACUCUCGAGCGAUGAAAUCAACUCCCGGGCGGCGGAAAAGCCAAAAGGAACAGCCAAGGAGAGCAAUCUCACGUGUAUGCUUCGCCUGGAGAGUGGACGCCUGGAGAUUAUGUUGGCGGAUGAGGAGCAAAAUGUGAUUGAUUUUUGGAGUAUUACGGAGCAGCAACGCCUAAACAUCCUCAGUACAUUCAAGCCUGAGCGUGUCCAUCAGAAUCUGGCAAAAGCCUUCGCCAAAAUGCCCAUAACACAGAGCACGGAGAAGAAGCUUCGGCAUCUCUAUGCGGGGAAAAUUCCCUUUAAAGUAAUUGUUCGGGAUUAAGGGCGGAGCACCUCUCAAUGACUGAGUUAUACUCCAAAAUAAGAAGCAAAAUUAUCAGUUAAUUCCUAAAUUAAAACUCGUUUAUUGAUUUAA